AUGCCUGUCACGACAGUACCAUAUACCACAGCCGAUGCAUUCGCUCAUGCGCAGCUUGCGUAUUGCAAGGAGACCCUCAGCCCAGGCAAACCAACAAUCUCUGACAGCAACUCCACGAAGCAAGCUGUUGUAUGGAAAGUCACACUCGACAUGCGCCAGGAUUUCCUUCUCGAUGGCCUGAGUGUACUCGAAGCCUCUGUCAGGCUUGUGGAAAGUUCCCGGAAUCAAUGGACAGACACACAAGUUGUCGAUACACUGUGGAAUGAAGGAGACGUCGUCGAUCGAGUUACAUCCAAUCUGUUCAUGCAUACGCGGAUCUUCAUUGAUUGCGUCUUAAAGGCCUUGAGCCCUGGAUGGUGCCUCAGCAUAGAGGCCCAAGUGGUUGCUAAGGGACAAGGAGCCCGCAUGGACCAUCUUAUUAAGCUGGUCUAUGAUGAAAACGAGGACAGGGAGAAUGUCUUUGAUCAGAAGAAUGCUUCGAGAUUUAAUCGUAAGUGCCUCGUCAUCGUCGAGGAGAAGCGCCCUGGGUUUGUGAGGCCGCACGAGUGGGUUGAAUUUGCUGCUUCCACGCUGCCACAAUCCGACGGAGAGGUCAAGCCAAACCCUCUGGCCGCUAAUGACGCGAAAGACCUGCUGCCUGCUGUGCAUGCACAUUUACCCCAGGUCUUGAAAUACGGGCACAACGUCACCUGCGGACGAGUGUUGCUAAUUUCAUAUGGUCAAGCUGUAGCCUUACGAUGGCAUGGUGCCCUCAAGGCGAGGGCGGGCUACACUGCUAUACAAGGCAUGACUGUUUCAUUGGAAAGCCAAAGAAUAUGCCUCGUCGCCCUUAUCCUGGAGGCGCUGGUUGACAUGAAGUGGAUCACUGUGAAAGAGCAAGUACUUGCUCCUGGGGACGAGUUACUCGCGUGCAUGCGAAAUUACAAAGCGCCCGGAUCGAGUGUCUGA